AAAGCAUGGCACCGCCCUUCUCCUGCGCCGCCACUUUGUUCCGACCAACCACCACCCACCGUCUCUUGCGCGGGCUCGCCGGCUCGUCCCAAAAUCCACAGCAAGCCAAGCGUGACGGUCACCAACCGUCGGAUCCUCAAAAGCUGGCCACUCAGGAGCAGCCUCGCUCAGCAGAACCCUCCAAAACAAGAACAAGAAGAAGAAGCCACCAUUGAUGUCAAUCCCUUUGUGGACUUUUUGUAUGAUGAUCUUCCCCACCUCUUUGAUGACCAAGGGAUCGAUCGUACCAUGUAUGACAAGCUUGUCAAGUUCAGGGAUCCCAUUACUAAGCAUGACACCAUUGAUGGUUAUCUCUUCAACAUUCGUCUCUUGAAGCUGCUCUUUAAUCCAGAUUUCCAGCUCCACAAUGUCAGGCAGACAGGACCAUAUGAGAUAACCACAAGAUGGACCAUGGUAAUGAGGUUUGUCCUUCUUCCAUGGAAACCAGAACUGGUUUUCACAGGAUGUUCCAUCAUGGGCAUCAACCCUCAAACUCAAAAAUUCUGCAGCCAUGUGGACAUAUGGGACUCCAUUAAAAACAAUGAGUACUUCUCUUUUGAAGGUCUUUUGGAUGUUUUAAAACAGCUGCGUAUCUACAAAACACCGGACUUGGAAACUCCAAAGUACCAAAUAUUGAAAAGAACUGCUAAUUACGAGGUACGAAAAUAUGAUUCAUUCUUAGUGGUAGAGACCAAAGAGGACAAGCUCUCAGGUUCAUCAGGUUUCAAUAAAGUUACUGGGUAUAUAUUUGGCAAGAAUUCCUCAACUGAAAAGAUACCAAUGACCACCCCUGUCUUCACUCAGGCCAUUGAUGACAAAUUAUCUGACGUAUCCAUCCAGAUAGUUCUUCCAAUGGAUAAAGAAUUGACAAAUUUACCUGCUCCAACUGUUGAGGGGGUGAGUUUGAGAAAGGUAAAAGGUGAUAUAGCUGCAGUAACCAAGUUUAGCGGUAAGCCUACUGAGGAAGUUGUCAAGGUCAAAGAAAAAGGUUUACGGGCUGCUGUCCUCAAUGAUGGUCUCAAGCCUCAAGAAGGUUGCUUGCUUGGCCGUUACAAUGACCCUGGAAGAACAUGGAGCUUUAUAAUGAGAAAUGAGGUGCUGAUUUGGCUUGAUGAGUUCAUAUUGGAAUAGUGGAAACCAAUCAAUGCAAUCCCUGAGGCAACAAGGUACACACUUUAUAUACAAACUUCAGCUCUGUAUAUAGCUGUAAUUGUUUAAAUGAAUGUAGCUUGGGAGCUGUUCAUUGUCUUGAUGCAUAUUGAAAUUUGUAUUAUUAACGUGCAAAAGUAUGGAAACUAUUUAGUCUUAUUUUCUUUUAUUAA